CAUAGGACAGAUACCCGCCGAUGUGACAACAUUCAAGCCAGGCAAUCAAGCACCGCCAAGUGGACAGAUGCAGUAAACAUUUAGCAGUCUCGAAUCGUAUAUCAGGAUUCCUUUUCUAGGACGGAAGCAUUAACUAGUGAUUUCUCGCACUAAUUGGACAUCAUAUCGACUUGAUAUACCGUCUAUACAGAAAGUGUCUCAUCCUGGAGAAAAGAAGUUUAACAGUGAUAACAAAGCUGGUUGCUUCGUCAUCUUUCUUCCUAUUCAUAACUCCAUGAUCGCUCUAUUUAAAAAGAAAUGUUUGCGAAGAGCGUGACAAAAAAAUCGUGCUCAGUCAAAGAUUUGGAGUAAAGGAAAUAUUUCGUUGAGUGACAUGUGUUUAGGCUAGAUGACAAAACGUGGGUUGUAAAAUCCUUUUAAAAGAUGCUAGCAAGGCGCGAUCAUGAAACUUACUCAUCGAAAUCGUCUGCGUAUUGUUUUCCAAAAGUAGCCGCUCGUGACAGGCAAUGCGCCUACGCAUUGCAAGAAACUCUCCGCUCUCACAAUCAAAUCUAAUGGUUGCAGGCUCCAUUUGGACAUCGCUCUUUCGCGCCUUUUUGAGGAGGGAACGACCGUCUGUCUUCGUACCUCGCCUGUGAUGACAAAAGAGGAGGCUAAUCACAUUUUCAGUCUGCUGUAAUUGAAUGAUUCCCUCCACUUUGAUCACAUUUAAGUGUGGAACUUAAUUCGAUUCGCCGCGACACCGUAUUUAUUCUUCAGGAGGGCAGAAAGUGAAUUUGCAAUAUCUUGAACGAUUGUGAUAACCACCGAUAAAUCGCUGAAGCGAGUACUUGACGGCAUUACUAAUACAAAAUUCUGGAGGCGUUCAUCGCUCUAGAACUUCUUAAAUCACCGUUGGUUUCCCAAGGAAUGAGGAAAACAUUUUGUUGAAUAUCAAGAUGUCUUGUCGCUUGUUCCCAGUCAAUAGGAAACCAAAACUUACGAUCGCUGUUCAAAUUACUAUUCUCAAUAUUGCGUUGGUGUGUUACAUUAGUUUCUAUUGAAUGGAACUCAUAAGCAUGCGGCGGAUUAUUAUCUCCAGAAACAAUUUGGAGUAGAAACGGAAUACACAUUACAGAUUUUACUCCAAAUUAUUCAUUCAAAGGAAAUGGGUCGAAAUUCAUUUUUUGAUGUGUGAUAAAUACUGGAUUAAGCAAAUGGUUUGAAACAUCUGUAUCAGAUCUAUUUCAAAACAAAUAUGUAUACUAAUUAGAGCGAAAGAUUCAUCUUGCCUGACAUAAAUCUCUUUUACGUUUAACGGUGGAGCUAGAAAUAAAUUAUUGAGUGGAUAUUCAUACGUAGGACGUGAGUGACAUUUAUUCCUACAUGUUGUGUUGACAUCGUUUAUAUAAGGAUUACAGAUUAAUUGGAAUAUUUGAAAGCGAAAGCCGCCAGUCCAUCCGCAAUUUUGCUUUAGUCUGUUCGUUAGCUCCGGUCACGAUUUAUCCGAUUGCGUUACGUUUCUUGUUUUCUGUUUAUAGAUGAACGUGCCGUUAUUAGUAUUUGAGCCUCGUCCACGAUGUCGCUCAAUCAAUACGAGUCGGUUGUCCACUCGUUUAGCGUGAACUCGACAUACAGACUAAUGGGUGAGGGCACUUCCACCCAAGAUGACCAAGGAAUAGGGGUUCUGGUGUACGAUAUAGGUGCGACGAAUCCGUCAGUUGUGAUCAAGCGAGGGAUUAAUGCUUCCUGUCCCGAGUUUGGUGAAGCAUGGACGUGGGCGCCAGUCGUCUGGAAUUGGUUUAAUAUCCUACGUUUGAGCCUGACCCUCGCAGGGAUCAUGGGAAACGCCCUGGUGAUCAUUAUACACGGCAAGUCGAAGAGCAAUCGUGGCACGGAUCGGCUGAUAGCAGGACUCGCCGUAGCUGAUCUUCUGUGCUCUGUAUUCCUCACCCCUAUCCCUGGUGCGUCCAGGUUGUCGAACAAUUGGUUGGGGAACAUCUACUGUAAGUUCGUCUUCUCCAAUGUUCUUGUAUGGAUUCCAUUCAUCGCGUCGAUGUACACACUAUGCAUGAUAUCCCUCGAACGGUUCUUCGCCAUCGUCUACCCGUUCAUCUACCGCGCAAAAAUAACCCCUUCGCGGAUCAAGUAUGUCUUCAUUCCUAUAUGGGUGCUAGCGUUCAUCGUGAACAUCGGUAGCUUCGUCGUCAAUACGGUGCAUCCAGACUCAUGCAGUUGCAUCGUCCAUUUCCCAACCCGACUGGGUAAAAUGAUGCAGGGUGUUCUGCUAUUCAUCACCGAGUACGUUAUCCCAAUCGGCAUCAUGCUCUUCGCGCAUGUGAGAACUAUACGUGAAUUGCACACCGAGGCGCGUGCACUCAAAGAAAAUCGCAUGGAUUCCUCUAGGAUAACCCUCAAUCUCCUGCAAGCGCGGGAGCGGGUCCUCCAAAUGCUCUUUGUCGUGGUGAUGACGUUUAUAAUUUGCUGGACUCCCGACCAGCUAUGUUAUCUGUUUUACAGUAUCGGUAUUCUCAAUGUGGACUUCCUGCACAGUCGCCUGUACAUGGCGUUCAUCCUGCUCGCCUAUGUCAAUUCGUGUGCCAAUCCCUUCAUAUACACAGCCAGGAAUCCAGAGUUCCGGCACGCCCUCAAGGUGUUGUUCAAGAAAGCUGCUAGGGUGCAGCAGGUGUUCAACACAUCCGAAUGGGUUCAUGAUAGGACUGACGAUGUUGUAAACGAUGUCGCGAACGGGACAGCAGUUGAAAGUCGGGUAUGAUGUUAAAAUGAAAGACUAAUUAUAUGAAAUCAUCCAGGCCUGAAAUAUUUUAUCAUAUUUACAAUAUGAAUUAUCGUUAUUUUUGUAUAAAUUAUAUUGAAAUGGUUUUUAUAUGCUACGAUUUUAAUUACUUUUCCUAUGUUGUUUAUACGUGCUCAUAAUUUGGCUGCUAAUUAUGGCCACCAUAAGGGCCAUGACAGUAUGAAAACAUAACAAAGUACAGGGUGUCUAAAAGAAAUGUGUCAUUCAUGUAACCAAUAGAACAUUUUACAAGAGAAAUGCAAUAUAAGGUUGUCCAUAAACGUCAUUCUUAAAUUUAUUCAAUUGUACACUUUAUUUCUG